UUUUAUUUUACACGCAUAAUACUGAGCAUGGACAGGAUGGAGGCCUAUUACUUAAUGCAAAGCAUUUGCUUUGAUUUCCCGUGUUUCUGUGGUGCUGAAUUUGCGGUUUGUAUGCACAAGCGUGCGUGCGGGUGCUUGCUGACUGUCUCCGGUCUUGCGAUAACGUUUUAUUAGGUGUGUGUAUGUUUAUAUGCGCGCUGACACACGUUCUAUGUAUUUAUGUAACUGGGCAGGUUUGAGGCUCUGAUUUGGCAUGGGGACUGUUUUCAAAUCUGGAAACAUAGUUACUUGUCUCUCGAUCCUGUCAGAAGUUUUUCUGAUAGUCAAAGUUAAUACAGGGUUUGUCCUGGCUCCAGGGUUUAGGUGGUGACUUUGUGUGAGUGACUUUGUGUGUGUUGUGUGUCGGUCCAGUUUACUGGCAUCAUCAACCUGAUGCAAGGGCGUAACUUUAGUUUGAAUACUGGGGCCAGUUGUUGAAAAUCACGAAAAAGCUUUAGAAAUCAAUGUGAGAAAUGAUUGCAAGAACAUACGCAACAAUAACAAAUGCUGGAAGUUUCAAAGAAAAUCGGGUACUUGCCAACUGCUAUGGAAAGCUCUAGUGAAAUACAUUGAUAGCCUGGAGCUUUUGCUCUCUUAAUUCAGGCCAUUGCGAAAAGCAUGCUUUUUAUCUGUUGCAGAACGUUGUUAGAAAUAAAGCAUGUUUAAAUUGCAUCACCAGAAACACGGUUACCAUGUGUCCAUUUUUAUAUCUAGUUUGUUUUGGUACAUCAAGCGGUACAUUGCAGGGUUUAGACCUUGUUGGAGCUUUUGUCACUGAUGUUACCAUAAUGGGGAGAGGAUCACCGGGCAACACGGCAACGGCUGACUGGGUGUGACACACCAGGGAGGGAGAUGCGGCAGGCGCCGGGUAACAGCGUCGGUUGCUGCAUGGAGAGAGCGCGCACCCACACAAACGCUAAAUAAAAUACACGGACACCUUCCCCCUUCGUCCACGGGUUCCGGGAAAAAGAAAACUAAAACAAAGACAAAAGGAAGUAAAAUGGCGCGACAACAUUCCCGUGCGCCGCCCGUAAGUGGCCCGCCUUUCAAGACAGGUCCAGCUCCUCCAGCAUCCCAGCUGAGAAUUACUUCCUUUUUCUUUAUUUUCUCAAACACAAUUCCAAAAUGAACCGAAACCAAUAACCGCACUCUCGAAUGUGAGCUCCCGAUCUCGACCCCGAACUGUGGAGAGUUGCACUCCUUUAAACACCUCGGCUGAUUAGCUAACGCAAUCCAGGUGCGCGCACCAGCUGGCGCACGGGGCCUCCAGCGGACCGAAUGGCACACAGGGCCAGUCAAAUAUCUGAUUGCAACAACAGAUCCUGGACAAAAAUCCUGAUUCCAGCGCAUUGCAGAACCUGUAGACUAUAGGCCUAUGUUGCUGCAUAUUGUUUCUCCUAGCAUUUAGGAAUAGGCUAUUGUUAAAUUGUGUAGGCUUAUAAGCUAUAAAUAAGUCAUAUAGGCUACAUUAAGGUCGACAGUUACUAUCCACAACUGCCGAAAAACCAAGGAAAUCAUCAAAACGAAGGGUAUCGAAAUGUUUAUACUUGGAAUAUGGAACCCUUUCCUGUGUCAAAGGUCUUUUCUGCUGGCAGUGCUGCUGGCAGUCAGUUUGGGAGAGGAGGCUGCGGAGACUGGAAAUGACGUCAGGCCCAACUUUAUCCUCAUGAUGGUAGACGAUCUUGGCAUCGGGGACAUUGGCUGCUUUGGUAAUGACACCAUAAGAACCCCCAACAUUGACCGGCUGGCUCGGGAGGGGGUGAAGCUAACUCAGCACAUUGCUGCCGCACCCCUCUGUACUCCCAGCAGAGCGGCUUUCAUGACUGGCCGGUACGCCCUGCGGUCAGGGCUUGGCAGCAGAGGGAGGGUACAGGUCAUUUUGUUUCUGGGAGGGUCUGGGGGUCUCCCUCAAAGUGAGAUAACCUUUGCCAAGCUCCUUCAGAGGCAAGGCUACAGCACAGGAAUUGUGGGAAAGUGGCACUUAGGUGUGAGCUGUGAGAGCAGGGAGGACCACUGCCACCACCCCAACCAGCACGGCUUUGACUACUUCUACGGUCUGCCCUUCACCCUUUUUAAUGACUGCAAGCCAGGGGAGGGGAAGGAAAUUCUAGUCGACUUCGAGAGGGCUUUACGGGACCUGACUGUGCUGGCGGCCCUCUCCAUGGCGACUUUGGUCAUUGUGCGAGUCUGCGGCCUGUUGAAGGUCAGCCUGAAGGUCGUCUUUCUGCUGGCGGCCCUGGGCCUCCUGGGAUUUGCUGUUUGGCACAUACCCUUUGCACACAUUCAGAGGUGGAACUGCAUCAUCAUGAGGAACCAAGAAGUGGUGGAACAGCCCAUAAACUUAACCACCCUGAUGCAAAGGCUCAUUGGGGAGGCUGAGCAGUUUGUGGAGAGAAACCAGCACAAACCCUUCCUACUGUUCCUCUCCCUGGUUCAUGUCCACACGCCUCUCUUCAUAUCCGAGGGCUUUGCUGGGAAGAGCAGACACGGGCUGUACGGUGAUAAUGUAGAAGAGAUGGACUGGAUGGUUGGCAGGAUGAUGGAUGUGGUUGAGAGACUGGGGCUGGCUCAGAAGACCCUCAUGUAUUUCACGUCCGAUCACGGGGGCCAUGUCGAGAUCGCCAACACUCAGGGACAUCUGGGAGGCUGGAAUGGGAUCUACAAAGGGGGGAAGGCCAUGGGCGGCUGGGAAGGGGGCAUCCGGGUGCCAGGGGUGUUCCGCUGGACUGGCCGGCUGCCGGCCGGGAGGGUGAUCGACGAGCCCACAAGCCUCAUGGACCUGUACCCCACUCUGGUCACACUGGCAGGGGGUCAGCUGCCACAGGACAGGGUGCUAGACGGCCAUGACCUGAUGCCUCUGAUGGAGGGCAGAGUCCAGCGGUCCAAGCACGAGUUCAUGUUCCACUACUGCGGGGUGUACCUCAACGCUGUCCGCUGGCACCCGCCCGACAGUGACGCCAUUUUCAAGGCCCACCUCUUCACUCCCAACUUCUCUCCCAAGGGGGCAGAAGGUUGCUACAACAUCAAGGUGUGCCAGUGUCAUGAAGGAUUUGUCACCCACCACCACCCGCCCCUGCUGUUCGACCUGGCCCGGGACCCGUCCGAAACCAGCCCUCUCUCCCCGGACACGGAGCCCCGCUACGCCGAGGUGCUGCGGAGGGUGGCGGAGGCGGUGGAGGUGCACAGAAGGACCCUCGCGCCCGUUCCGGACCAGCUGACGUGGGAGCAGGUCCUGUGGAAGCCCUGGCUCCAGCCCUGCUGUGGGACGUUCCCCUUCUGCUCGUGCUCAGAGGCCAACAGCACCGCGGGGCAGGUGCGCUGAGGCCACCGCCCCCUGGCAACGCUCCCAAUGCCAGGGCCAAAAUGUCCUCCAGCUUUUAUAUUCACAUUAAAGACUGAAGAUUAGAAUUUGUAAUAAACUGGCUUUUUUGCAUUACUGCAAUGAUGCAAUUUCUGCAGAUGAGGCGGAAAUGUUUUUUUUAUUUUUUUUCUAGCUGUGGCAUGGAUCAGUUUGAUAUUGUAUUAUUAUUUACAUGCGUAAAUUUUGCCUUAAAGCAGAAGCACUCAACUGAUGAGAACCAGAAAGUGCCCUUAUUUCUGUGCUAUGUGAUGUCACUUUACAAAGGAGGACAUAAUGAGCAUGAUUGUGACAUGUUCAUCUUUAACACUCCUUAACCAGUAUGAAGUGGGCCAGCUUCAUCACUGAAUAUUUGGUUUGUGUCAAAUCUUUUCCCAUCAGCACAUGCUUGCUUGCUACUGCAUGAAGUUUCUCUCCAUUCAUGCCGCUUUAUUGUCAUCUUUUUGACUGCCAUUGUCUUCUGUGCGCAUUCCUAUUUUAGUUUAGUUGUCUUGUUAGAUUGGUUUAGAUGUUUGUUCCUUUUUUAACAAAAUUAAUCAAUGAACCGAUAAUAGCCAAACCUUUUAUCUGAUUAUAUCAUUUUCAGGUUAGCGAAGGUUUCACAUUUCACAAGGGCCCCACGUAAGUUUUAUUAAACGCUCGGGUGCCUGCAUUGUCUGAGGCGGUGCUGCUCAACUCUGUUCCUAGAGAUCUACCAUCCUGUAGGUUUUCAUUCCAACCAUUACAACACCUCAUGCAACAGCUAGAGAUCUCAUUGAGCUGCUGAUUUGUAGAAUUAGGUGUGCCAAAUUAGGGUUGAAAUGAAAACCUGAAGGAAGGUUUACCUCCAGGAACAGGACUGGGCAGCCCUGGUCUAAGGUAUACCAAUUAAGCUGCUAAAAUAUAAAAUCUGGAAAACAUGACAUUUUUCCACAUUUGUUAUUAGAAUAAAAUCACUAGACAAAUCAGGCCAUUUAGAUUUGAGUCCAAGUGUGGCAUCACAACAGAUGUACUAAUGAGGAUUUCAGUCAAAGCAGCCAAUCAUCUUUAAUGUGCUAUUCUCAUAAACUCUCACACACACCUUAACCUUGAGCAUGGUGUUAUUGUAUUAUUAGCAAGCUACCUACAACAGAGAAUAGGCAGAAUGUUGAGUGUCAUCGGUAGUCACAUCGUGUGCCGUUACUGGUUGCCCGUAAGCUAACCGGCAUUACACAGCCUUCAAAAGAAGAGUGUAAGGAGUGGUUGGCUGCAGUUUAUAUUUGAGUGCGAGAUCUCGGCAUUUGCUGGUGUGCUCACUUAUUUUGCCACCGAAAUGAGGCACAGUACAAUGUUGGCUUUGUAGCAAGGCUGGUGCUGAGAAAAGGGAUCCUGGAUCAAACAUGUAUGGUUUAAUCACCUCUAGAUCAUUUAGGCCAUGUUCACUUUUUCAGGAGAUGGGAGAAGUGCUCCUGGGUCAGACAGUCAAAUAAGGCAGAGAAUGUGGAAAAAGAAAGUGCAACACCCACCCAAGACAGCCUGUCCAGCCUGAAGGGAGAGAAACUGAAUGUGUUUUUGUGUAAUAUUUUUAUUUUUACAUUUUUUGAAAAUUAUCAAAAUGUAUUGUCGACCUUGUGGAAUAAUAUCAAAUUUCCAAAAAUAGAAUAACUGUGGACGUUUAAAGUAUAUAUGCAAUUAAAUGCUGAAAGAUUGUAUUUGGUGUAUGCUUUUAAUGUUUCUUAGGUGGUAAUGAUACCAUUAUCCACAAGGUGGCACUGUUUCUCCACAGUAAACAUGAUCUUUCUUUUAA